CAGUCCUUUCCUCGCCCCACCCCCGCCUCCGCUUCCGGCGACCGCGAGCAGCACCUGCACCGGGGACAGCGGCAUCCACCGGAGGAGGAGAUGGAGACGGCGCCGGGCUCGCGGUGCCGCCGGUGCCUGGAGAUCCUGUGCGCCGUCCUCCUCCCGCCGCUCCGCGUCUACCUCCGCCACGGCUUCUGCUCCAUGCGGUUCUUGAUCAGCGUGCUGCGCACCAUCAUCGGCUACUACUUUUGCCUUCUCUUCGUUAUUCAAGCCCCCGUCAUGGGUUACGUGCGGAACUGCCUCACCUUCUUCUGCGUCUUGCUCCUCGUCGCAUUCCUCAACCGCCCCAGUAAUGGCGAUGACGACGACGCCGACGAAGACGACGACUCCGCCACCGCCGCCUCCUACGUCUUGGUCGCCUGACCGUGUUUGAAGAUUCCAUGCCGUGUGGAUUGUCAGUUCCACAACGAGAUUAUUUGGGCGAGGCCUUGCCAUUGUAUCAAAUUGAGUUCUUUUUUAUUUAUUUUUGCUGGUAAAAUUGACUUUAUUAUUGACCCAUUUAAAUCUCAA